AUACAGGCCACAAGACUGGAGGAGCAGUAGGUGACACAUGCGCUUUUACGCACGAACAGGGGCCUUUGGUUUUUACGCACGGUUUGACGCGGCACUCCGUGACCCCUCCACGCUGCGCCAUGACUCUCUCCGGUGACUCUGAAGCAUCACAACACGCCGCUCUGUCUCUGGAAGAGGAUGAGACCGAUGCAGUGGACCACGGGGCGUCUGCGCACAAGAAUCAGGAAUCCAACAUGGACCCGGCCUUCUCAGCAGAGUCCGGUACCGAGUUCGACUCUUCUGGCGAGAGUGACAACAGCUUCUCCGCAUCCACGAAAGCCCAGAGCAGUUCUGUGAAGCCUCCUUACUCCUACAUCGCCCUCAUCACCAUGGCGAUCCUGCAGAGCCCGCUGAAGAAGCUGACCCUGAGCGGCAUCUGUGACUUUAUCAGCAACAAGUUCCCCUACUACAGAGACAAAUUCCCCGCUUGGCAGAACUCAAUCCGCCAUAAUUUGUCCUUAAACGACUGCUUCAUCAAGAUCCCGAGGGAGCCCGGGAACCCUGGCAAAGGUAACUACUGGUCUCUGGAUCCUGCUUCAGAGGACAUGUUCGAUAACGGUAGUUUCCUUCGGCGCAGGAAGCGCUUCAAGAGAAACCCGCCCGAGUUUGGUAAAGAUGGAAUGAUGUUUUACUCAAACUUCACAUGCUACCGGCCGUAUGCGCAACCAUACACUCUCCAAAGUCAAAUCAGCCCUCAAAUCCGGUGCCUGCCACUCCCAGAGGGGCUUGCGGCGCCGCACUCUUAUUACCUGUCACUACAAAGUCACAGCAAGUCCAACGGGCCGAAAGACGUGGUGGGAGCGCAACUUUGCGCAACUGAGCCAAAGCUUGACGCACAGGCAAAGUGUUCGUUCAGCAUCGACAGCAUCAUGAGUAAACCGUCUCAAAUAAACCCACAGAAUCUAAACCCACAGAGCGUUCUGGGUUACCGCCAUCUCGUGUCAGGUCUUACUGCAGCCUGGUUGGUACCAGCGCUCUCGCAGGCUCCAAGGACGCCGUUUUGCCGCGGUGCCACGGCGCACACUGCUCCAGAGGAACAGCGCAAACUCUCUUCCCGACCACGCUGA